UGAUGAACAAAUUAAACAACUUGAUAAUAAAGAAGUUGAAACCAUAUCAACCAUAAAAGAAAAAAAUUCAUAUUUCAAAGAAACCUUGAGUGAAUAUAACUUCUCUGAAGAUAUCAAGAAUGUCCCUACCCCUUAUAAUAAAAUGGCUUUGGAGGAGUUAGUAAAAAAUGUUCUUGGAGAAAUUGUUGAAAAGAAAGAGGCUGAACUUCAACUUCAUGUUGAACAAACAUUUACAGACUUGAACUUUAAAUGUGAUAAAACUUCUGUCCCAAGGCCUUCAGUGCUAGGUUCUCCUCCCCGAUUCAAUCCAAAGCUGCACCUUGUCACCAGUAAACCAAACACAAGUAACAACAGUUUAAAAUCUGAUAAGAGAACCAACACCCCGGCAAUAAAGACUAGAAGAGAGGGCUCUUCUACAUCCAGAAAAUCAGAAAACAAGAAAACUUAAUUGUAUAUUUAAGUGGCCUAAAUUUUAGAUUGUGGUACCUGGAAUAAUGUUAGAUGAGGCAUUUUAAAAAUACACAUAUACCUGUAUACUAUUUGUGUUUUAAUUAUACUUAUCGUUAUACUUAGGCACUUAUGUGUAGUUUGGAGUUAAAAAUUAAGGCCACCAUUUCUAAUUUUAAAUAAUAAGAUGAAAAGUUUAUUGGUUUAAUAAGUUUUGUUUUUAAAGAGUUUGAACCAUAUGUUAAAAAAUAUAUU